UUUAUUCGUUUUAGUACUCCUGUCAAACGUGCGGCCCAGGGACAUCGCUUUCUUGUGUGCCAGAGGAGCGGCCCACCUUCCUGCAUAACUCUGCUCAGAGGCAGCAGAGGAGGCAGCAGUGGGGAGCGCACGAGCGCGGACAGAGCAGCGAAUCGGUUGCUGGGCGGCCUCGCUCGAAGCACAGCACAGCAAAACAACAAUGAUACGCAUCGAGCUCGUCGAGGACGGCCUGCCGGCGGCCGUCCUCUACGCUAACAUAGACGCGAUCGAAGAAGCGAUGCUCCGCGAACGCGAGGCCUUCGAGUGGGCGCUCGCGCGGGAAGCGAUGUCGCCGUUCUCGGGGUUCCAGAGCCGGCUCAUGGAGAGGCUGCGGCGCGUCGUCGAACGGAGACCGAAGCUCUGCGCCGCGCUGGCCGUCGCCGGCGCCGCGGGCCUGGGCUAUUGGCUCUGGUCGUCGGGAGCGCCCGCCGCCGAGGACGAGGUGCCGGAGAAUGCGCGCUGCCCCAUCUGCAUGGACCGCGCAGUUUCGGCGCACAAGGGCGCGGCGUUCGAGCCGACCUUCGCGGCGGAGCUGUGCUGCGUCUGUGGCGCGACGACGUGCGCAACCUGCGCCGAGGGCGUCAUGCGACACGCGGAGGGCGAGGGCCGCCUCCCGACCUGUGCGAUGUGCCGGACGCGGUUGAUGGUCACGGGCGCGGCGCGGCAUCUGCGACUGAGGCACCUCGUCGAGAAGCGGCCGACGGGGCCGCACGUCGCGCAAGCCCUGUACGAACUGGGCUCGAUGCGCGCGCGAGGCGACGGCUGCGUCGGCGACGCGACGAAGGCUUUUAAACAUUUGGCAGAUGCUGCGAAACGCGGCCACGCGCGCGCCGCGCUCGCGCUCGCCGCCUGCUUCGCUGAGGGGAAGGGCUGUGCCCGCAAUCCGGCCACGUCUCGGCACUGGCUCCUGACGGCGGCGCGGCGCGGAUCUGCCGAUGCUUCCAAGAUCGCCGCCCACGUUUUGAAGAAUGGAGGAACGACGGCCAAGUGCUACGAGCCGUGGAAGAAGCAAGACGCGUCGGUCGUCGAGGCAGUCCAAAAGGGACCGAGCGCCGGGCUCGAGGACGUGGCCCACGACGCCUUGAGCCUCGCGGCGCGUAUUAGAGAUGGCCUGGGCCUCGUGGCGAACGACGCCAGGAACGGGUCGCGGCUAGCGACCGAAAUCGUCAACGAUCUCUCGUCCGUGGGCGGGGAUUUGAGGGCGGCGCGAGAUGCGUUCCGCGACUAUUUGAACGAGGCUGAGGCGGUCCACGGCGAUCAGGCGUGGGAAGGGACCACCGCCGAGCGACGGGAGGCCAUUCUGCAAGUGUUCCAGCAGGUCGACUCGAUCAUCCAGCAGAUCCAGCCGCAGGAAGCGCCCGAGGCCACGAUGAGGCAGGUCGUGGCAGGCGAUGCCGUGGCGUCGGCCGGCGGCUUCCGCGACGGGUAUUGGACGGUGCGCUGGGCGUCCGGCGCCACGGAAGCCAUCACGCUUCGCGACGGGUGCUUCAGUGUUUAUGGACAGGACUACGAGAUUGAGGUCGUGGGGGGACGGUAUUUCUUCGAGUGGGGCGACGGCACGGUUCAGACGCUGGUGGCCUUCAACAACGGCCGCACGAUCACCUGGUCGACGACGCACCCGGACUACCCUUGCAUCUGGUGGGAGCGCCGCGAGCCGACGUUGUUGGAGGCGCAGGCGGCGCGUCGGGGCCGGACCCUGCGCGUCGGGGUCGGCGGAGGCCUUGAGGAGGUUCCGCUCGAGGAGGAAUCGCUACGCAUGCGCGGCGAGCACGUCGCGCGUGGACUGGCGCGACGGAGCGCGCGCGGCCUCGCGCUGGCGACGCAGUCCCAUUUGGACCGCGACGCACUCAGCUCCGCCGAAAAUGCGAUUCGCGCCCCCACGGAGCUGCGAUUCGGAUCGCCACCGCCGCCGCCGCCGCGCGCUGGCGACGACGCGACCGCGCAGAUGGCCCGCCGCUUCGAUCGGGCGCGCGCCCUUUCGGAAGCCGAGCGCGAGGAGGUCUUGGCUGAGGCUGAUGAGAUCGUCCAGCAACGGGCCAGAAGGCGAAGAGAGAUGGAUCAGCUCGUCAACGCCGUGGAGACGGCCUCGGGGCCGGUCUACACGGAGGCACGCUAUGCCGCCGUGCAGCUCGAAGGAACGACGCGCGACGAGCGUGUCCAGAGCCUCUGGCGCGUUCUCAGGGCGAACUCCCGCCGCCGCGAUCCCCCUCGGCCGCGCGCGGGCGACGACGGCGACGCCGCCGCGGAGGUGUUGGCGAUGGCACGCGACGCCGUCCUUUCGGAUGCCGAGCGUGAGGAGCAAAUCCGCGAGCUCCGGACGGAAGCCCGGCGGGCCACGGCGCAAAGCGAGAUCGAGGAGAACGCCCGCCGCUGGCUCGAAACGGCCGGGGACGGGGCCGCAGACCAGGCCGCUCGGGCGUCCGCCUUUGCGGCGGGCGGCUUUCUGGACCCGAGCGACUUCGCGGCGGCGUCGUCGCCGGACUCGGACGUGAGCGACUCGAGCGGCGGCGAGCCGCUCUUCGGAGCCGUGACAGCACAACGCGUCGAAGCCGACCUCUAA